CCCCGUCAUUCCUCUGGAUUUGCCGCAGCUCUCGUCCUCCCCAAUCCCGCACAUCCAUGGCGCUCCGAUUCGCCGCCACCGGCGAGCCUUCCCUCCUCCGCUGAUCCCUCUUCCUUCGUUCUUCUCCUCUCCCAUGUCCUAUUCCUCACCUUCCCCUUCCCUCCACCCGACCCAGUUGCUCCGCCCCGUGCUCCGUCCUGCCGCCGGGAGCAGCGUCCGGUGACCCCUAGUUGCUCCGUCCUGCUGCCGGGAGCAGCGGUCGGUGACCCCCAGUUGAGCACCACAGUCCCUGGUUCAGUACCGGAUCGACCUCAAGCACACCGGAUCUGGACACCUCGAGAGGAGAUUGACAUCUUGACCAUCCCUGCACCUCAUCCCUGAUCUUAAAGCGCAACGUUUUUGCAAGGCUCGUCUGACUAAUCUUUUAAUUUGUACCAAUGGAAACCUCUGUUCCAAGUUAAUUAGCUGCUGAUGCAUACCCUGUUGUCAUGUACUCCCUCUGUUCCAAAAUAGAUGACUCAACUUUAUACUAACUUUAGUAUAAAGUUGAAUCAUCUAUUUUGGAACGGAGGGAGUACUUCCUGUUAAGACAUCUAUUAACUCACCGUUGCUAAGUGCUGAAGAGUUAGGAGCCUUUUGUAAGUUUUUCUAUGUAUGGGACGAAGCAUAUUGGGUGGCCGAGAACUUUUCUUAUAAAGAUGGGUUUGCAGAAAUUGGAUCUUCGAUAGGAACUUUAAAAGAUGCAAAUAGAUUAGGUUCUGCUGCUCUUUGUAGUGCAACUAUGUUUUAGGACAAAUAUUGCCAAAGAUGAGAAAGGUUGCUCUGUUUUUGUUUUUUAUUUUAGACUCUAAUAAGUGGGCAAGGCCUCUGGAGACGUUGUGUUAUGUUAUCAGUUCUUAGAAAAGUCAGAUUCACCACUAGCAGACUGUUAUGUUUGUCUGAAGUAACAUAAAUGUUUGAGCUUGGGAAAGGUUUCACUAUCCAAUAUGCAAGGUCCUAUCUAAGUAUUUAACAAGAGAAGUAGGGAAAACAUGCAAGCGGUUAUAAUGACAUUUAGUUUUUCAAAAUGAAAAAAUUACAGUACGGCUUAACAAAUCAAGGUACUCUACUAACAGAAUUGAUUUAAUUUGAUGGCAGAACUGUACACAUUCAGCAUAUGUUGUUUAGCAAAUAAACUGUUGAGCUCAUGAUUUCGUUUUCUAUGUAACAUUUAGUAACAUUGGACCCUUAAUGGAGAUUAAAAAGAUGGGGAGUAGAGUGGCUAGCCACCCAGUUCAUCAAGAUGCACAAGUACAAAAUCAAAAUAAUCUCCUUCAAGCCCAACAGGCCCUGGUAAACGUGAAGCUCGAGAACACCAUGGAUUCACAAAUCAAUAGCCCGUACGGAUCUCUCACCAGACAACAACAACAACAGAUGCAGCAGCUGAGGCACCAGCAGCUACUGCAGCAGCAGCAACAGAAGCAGCUCCAGCAACAGCAGGUAUUGCAGCUUCAACAACACCACCAGCAACAGCAGCAGCAGGAGCAACAACUCCAGCAGCACCACCACCACCACCAGCAACAGCUCCAGCAGCAGCACCACCACCAGCAACAGCAGCUUCAGCAGCAUCUGGGCAUGUCUGGAAACCAGAGCGCCCAAGCCCAGCUAGCGCAGCAGUUCAAACAAGCGUCGCAGUCGAUGAACUCGUACGGCAUGCGGGUGCCGCCUGUGAAGGUGGAGGUGUUCCACGAACUGGUGAGCAGGGACUCGUCCAGCGACACCAGCAAACUCACAUCUCCCAAGUAGACCAUCCAUCCUUGUGCUGAUAAAAAUGUACGGUCGCUGUACUUGCAAAUCUGAAAACACCUACUCCAUGAACAAUGUGUGCCCAACAAAUAAGGGCAGCCCGGUGCAUGUAGCUCCCGCUUGCGUAGGGUCUCGGGAAGGGUCCGACCACUUUGGGUUUAUUGUACACAGUCUUUCCUUAACCCGUGACCUCUUGGUCACAAGGCAGCAGCUUUACCACUG